UAAUGACCUUUCCCGUUACUUUUGUUUUUCAUUAACAAUUGACCCAGGAUUAAUUCAACAAAAGAAUAGUCGCACAAAAUGUGUAAUGGAAACGGCAGCGAUAGGAUCCAUUUCCUAUCCAUUCGACGGGUGUAUUUUUAUUUUGUCUAACUUCUUUAUUGCGACAAAUGAUAAUGGAAACGUUUUCUUUUUACAAUAAAUUAUGAUUUCCUAAUCAUUUUGAAGGUACACGGGGCACGUGAUGUACCAGUAACUACAACGCGUCACUCCACAUUUCAUUCUAAAUGUAUGCUACAUGCUAAAUAAAAAAUGUCAACUAUAAAAAUUAUGUUUCUGUGCAGGACAAGGAUUGUCCUGACUUUCCAGAAUGCCUAAAUUGCUCCCCAUGCUUUUCUGGUUGGCUGGCAAGUUUCGACAUCCAAUUAUUUCAGAUCUACAAGAGUGCACGUUUCACCAUGGCAUGGACCUUGGCGAUACGUUUGCACAUGAUAAUUGUUAAAAUAUGGCACAUAUGAGUACAUUAUUGCAUUCUAUAGCCUACAUGCUGGCUUUCGCGGGUCCUACCUGAGACGAAACAGAUAGGUGGGAGGGCAUACAGGCUGUCGCCAAUUUAUUAAUGCGCAAUUUGCCUAAAUGGGUAAUGAAAACAACCAUUACGUUAUUAUUCAACACUGUAGGUUUUUGCGUGUUUUUUUAAAUUUGUAGGUGUGACGCCAUUAUGUCCAGUUGUUUUUAUCGACACAAGGUAGUUAAAUGGAAAAGCACCUUAGCAGGCAAUUGUCACAUCUAUUUUCGAUGCGAACUUUCUACAUGUAGACAAAAAAAUCACUGGACAAGUUAUUGUAAACAUAGCUAGUGUCAUGCUACUCGAUUUAUGCUACUCAAUUUAUGAAUAACAGACAACAGUUUAUGUUGUAGAACUGAGAAAACCAUCAAUUCAACAAUAGGAAUAUGAGGACUAAUGGAAAAAAAAGUAUAAUGCUGUAUUAUUAAUGAGUGUUGUGUUAAAUAGCAUAUUUUUUUUACAGAGCCCAUUUAAAUGAGUGAUGCUUACUUUUCUGGUUUCAGUACUUGUUAAACAAUGUUUUACUGAUCAUAAGUAUAACUGUUAUACUUUUGCAAAAAUAAACGAGUACAUUAUAAGUCACUAGUCAAUAGGCAGCUAAUGUCUGCACCCAGAACAAACUUGGCUACGCUAUAUGUUAAGGCUGUCACAUUGAAAUGACUGGCGAGCUAAUCCUCUCCAUGUCCACAAUAGUCUGAACCAUUCAGCCUGCUGAUAGACGUUAGUCAACAGGAAGGACUGACUGGGGUUAUAUAACAGCCUGCCUGCAAAGGCAGACCCAGACAUAGCAGGGAGACACACACUCCCACUCACACACACAGUUUAGUCUGAGGUCCAGCCCCCUCUCAGUAGCAUUCAGUGCCAGACUUCAGGGAGGUAGUUUCCUUCUCACAAACAGCUUGUGUAACUGAGCAGAGAGGAAGAGAGGCAUGGGCUGGCGGAAGGGUGUUCUUGUACUGAGGCCGGGGCUGAGGCUGGGGCCAGGGUUGGGAAUGAGGCAGGGGCUUAGGCUGGGACUGCUGGUUCUGCUGUGCUGCCUUGCCCUGUGUCCAGCACCUCUCCAGGGGGACAAGGUCCUGGUGAUGCCUGUAGACGGGAGCCACUGGCUGAGCAUGAAGCUACUGGUGAAGGAGCUGGCGGCCAGAGGCCAUGAGAUGGUUGUGCUGGUUCCUGACACAUCCAUCCUCAUCCAGGGCUCUGACUACUACAGGACUGAGACCUUUAGGGUCCCCUACAGCAAGGCACAGCUGGACGAGAACGUCAACAAACUGAAGGACGCUGCGUUCCUCAAGGCCCCGGAUAUAAUGGACAUAUUCGUGAACGUGCAGCACCUGAUUCACUUCACCACCAUGCAGGUGAAAGGUUGUGAGGGUCUGCUGUAUGACGAGCCCCUGAUGCAGCGACUGAGAGGAGAAAGGUUUAAGAUGAUGCUGACCGACCCCUUCCUACCCUGUGGAUCCAUCAUCGCUGAGUCCUUCAACAUCCCAGCGGUGUACUUCUCGAGGGGGAUCCCCUGUGGGCUGGAUGAGAAGGCUGCCCAGUGCCCCACUCCCCCAUCCUACGUACCACGCUUAUUCUCCGGCAACACUGACCACAUGGACUUCCUAGGGAGGGUUAAGAACAUGCUCAUGUAUAGUCUGGAGAGCUACCUGUGUACGGUAAUGUUUGCCAGCUUUGACGAGCUGACCAGUAGGUACCUGGAUAAGGACAUGACGUACAGGGAACUGCUGGGUCACGGGGCGAUCUGGCUGCUGAGGUAUGACUACUCCUUUGAGUAUCCCAAACCCAGGAUGCCCAACAUGGUCAACAUUGGAGGCAUCAACUGUGGUAAAAGAGCUCCACUUCCAGCGGACCUGCAGGAGUUUGUGGAUGAGUCAGGAGAGGAUGGCUUCGUGGUCUUCACCCUGGGCUCUAUGAUCUCUCAGAUGCCUGAGGAGAAAGCCAAGCAGUUCUUUGAUGCCUUCAGCAGGAUCCCUCAGAGGGUCGUGUGGAGGUACACAGGAGUGGUGCCUGAGAACGCUCCAGACAACGUCAGACUGAUGAAGUGGCUUCCUCAGAAUGAUCUGCUGGGCCACCCCAAGGUCAAGGCCUUCAUGACCCACGGAGGAACCCACGGUAUCUACGAGGGGAUCUGUAACAGUGUUCCCAUGGUGAUGCUUCCGUUGUUCGGUGACCAGAGUGACAACGUACACCGCAUGACGGUGAGGGGUGUCGGGGAGGUGCUCACUUUGUUCGAUAUCACCUCAGACAAACUGGUGGAGGCCCUCAACAAGGUCAUCAACGACAAGAGUUACAAGGAGAAGAUGCUGAAGCUGUCAGCGGUACAUAAGGACCGUCCCAUCGAGCCCCUGGACCUGGCUGUGUUCUGGUCAGAGUUUGUGAUGCGCCACGGCGGAGCGGAACACCUGAGACCCGCGGCUCACGACCUCAACUGGAUCCAGUACCACAGUCUGGACGUGUUCACUCUGCUACUCACUAUAGUUCUCAUUGUUGUCAUGGUCACCGUUAAAUGCUGCAAAGUCUGCUUCCGCAAGUGUUGUGGAAAGAAGAAGACUAUGAAGAAGAAGAAGAGUGAGUGAAUGUCCUUCCUGUGGCCUAGGCCGGGAUUCAAUCCAAGGCUCGUUGUAGAGAGCUGUUGACAAUAAUGUGCCUUUUAAAGGCAAUGUUCCUGUGUUUGCUGAGAUCACAUUCACAAUAAACGCUGCAGAUGUUGGCUCAAUCAGAAAAUACCUUCAAAUGUCAAGCGCGCUACAAUGCGCUACAGAUUGAAUCCCAGCCCAAGCCACCAGGCCCUAGAGUCCAGAGUAACUAUACUGCCCACUCUAGGCCCUGUGUAUAACAGGGAGUGAAUAGGCUACUGUAGCUUGAAGGAAAGAAAGGCCUGACAGAGAUUUGCCAUUUUUAUGUUUGUUUGAUUUGAUAUCUCAGGAUAAUGUCAGAGUAACUUCAUGUGUCUGUUGUAGAUAAGGCCUGAUGCCUGCCACCAGCAAGACAGUCUCAUUCCACCACAGGAGGUUGGUGGCACCUUAACUGCUGGUAAUGGCUGGAGCGGAAUGAGUGGAAUGGUAUCAAAUACAUCAAACACGUAGUUUCCAUGUGUUUGAUGCCAUUUCAUUCGCUCCAUUACAGCCAUUAUUAUGAGCCGUCCUCCCCUCAGCAGCCUCCUAUGUAUUCCACAGUCAGCCACUGUGCCUUGGGAGGAGUGUGACUCCAAAACUGUUAGCCUGUCUAGCAUCUGUGAUGCUAAUUCAAGAUCCUGUUUAGUAAAAAGCAUGAGCUGACGCACACCCACAUUGUAUUGUAGAGGUGCUAACCAACGAAGAUUAAACUGUAUAAAAAUAAAGUCACACAGUCAGAGUUGCCGAAACGUUGGUUAUUAGGUUUACUUAAUCAAUUGUUUGGAGUAUAUAUACGAGUGUACAACUUUGUUUUUAUACAAUUUAUGAUCCUGGUAACACAACCAAUAUAUGUCAUGCUGGUAUAAAUCAUUUUGGAGACAGGCGCAGGGUAUACCACCUAUAUACACUAUAGGGGUUUUUAAUACACCCAAAACAAACACAUACAAAAACACUGGGCUGUACCCAAACAAAAGCGCGAGGGUAAACAUUGUUGAACACCACGGGACGAUACCCAAGGGCACACUUAUACAAGUACUAAUCAGUGGGAAUAGGGGACAGGUGUGCGUAAUGAAUGUUCCGGAGGGAUCUGUGACAAUAGACUGGCAAGAGAGAAUUUCUCUUUGUCUUUGAAAGGCAUUUUGACAGUAAAAAGCUAUGGCAGGUGUGUCAUUUUGCCUGGGCCUCAUUCGGUCUUCAUCAAGGUCCAGAGAGCACCACUGACAUUUUUUUCCUCGCCGUCAAAAUUUGCUAAAUGUAGUCCUUUAUCCAUCGUUUUUUGGAAUUUCUGAUGCUUCCUGACUGUCUAGCUUUCAUUUCAGUAAUUAUUGUUUUUUGUUGUACAGUACUUUUUCAUUAUGUUUGUAAUAAUAUUUCAAGUGAAAAAAAACAUUUUGUGAAAAUCUACAAAUAAAUUGUAAUACAAAGUUG